AGCAGAAGAAGAAGUAUUGGUUUCGACCCCUCCGCACCGCUAGCUCUCGUCUGCAAUCGUCCCUUCGGAUACGGUACAAGUCUAGUAAACCCGAAGAGCGACACCUGAGAAGUUGGCGAUGGACGUCCUUCUCCCCCACCGACUCGUCGGCGCCGAUCUCCGAACAAGCGAGUCUUUUGACUGCGAAGAAGCCUUUGGUCACGGCCCUUUCCAGCGGAGGAUGCUGCUUCUCAUUCUUUUGGGACUCUUCUCGGCUAAUUGCCAAACCGCGGUCAUUUCCAUCGUCACCGGUGAAGCCGACCAUUGGUGCAAGCCACUCGCCGGUUUCAACAUCUCUGCAGCCGAUUGGAAGAAUAUUGCCAUACCAAUCGAGGCCGAUGGACGCUUCCGCCGCUGCCGCAUUUACGAACGCUGCAAGCCACCCACUGUCCACGGCGAUUCCGCUGAGCAUCGAAAAAGCGGUGCUGUACUAUCUGGCGCUGACGAGUGGUACAGCCGAUGCUUCCAGGACACCAACGACUCACGCGACGUGCCCUGUGAAGAGUGGGACUACGACGUUAGGACUGCCGACACCAGCGUGGUGAGCUUUUGGAACAUGGUGUGCGACCAACGUUUGCUUCCAGCCACCCUUGUCGCCCUCCACAACGCCGGCGCCAUUGUUUCCCUCUUGCUGGCCGGAGCCUUCGUGGACUACGUUGGCAGGAGAGCCAUGCUUCUAUCCUCCGCCGCAGCGGUAGUGGCCUGCAUGGUGUGCACCUUCGCGGCAACAAAUUACGUGCCGUACGCUGUGGUGCGCUUCCUUACCGGGGCCAGUGUCGCGGUACAAACUGUUUUUACCUGUCUCAUACCGUUCGAGGUGAUGACGCACGCGCACAGACCGCAGCAAGUCCUCCUCGUAGCGGUGCUGGGCCUGAUUUUAUGUGAGGUGUGGAUUGUCAUCGUCAAACCCGUGGUCAUCGACUGGCGUCUGAAGCAGGUGAUGUUCCUGGCCCCGACGGCUCUCCUGCUCCCGGCUUUGUUUACCGUCCAGGAGUCGCCCCGUUGGCUCGUCGCGAAAGGAAGACUGGACGCGGCCGAAGCAGUCAUGAUGCAGGCUGCCGAAACCAACAAUGUCCCUCUUCCUGUCACGGCCUGUCUCGUGGAAAAGCUGAGAGUACAGAUCAAGAUCCACUCAAGUCGCGAAGGUGCGGACACGGAAGACUUGGUCGACUAUCGCUCCGUCCGGCCUCGAGCAUUGGCUAUGUUUGCCGUUUGCUUCUCGAUAUCUUUUGUUUUUUACCUCGACACCUUUUUGACGGCACCGCAUAACGAAUUCUGGAUCCCGUGCCUCACGGUUGUCAUCACACUGGCGACGUACGCGGGGAUGCACUUCCUUAUGACCGGCGUCGCACUCGUCAGAGUGCUCAGCCUCUGCUUCCUGUUGACGGGCUCCAUACAAUGCGCACUGAGUGCAGCGGUGGGUACCGGAUUCGUCAUGAUCAGCAAGGCCUUACUCGUCCUCUCCAAGGGCGUCUCUAACGUAAUCUUUGUACACUGUUUCACCUACGUCCUGGAACUCUUUCCAUCGGCAGUGCGCGCCAGUGUCGCAUGCUGGGCGUUCGCCUUCGGGCGUAUCGCGGCCGUGUGCGCGGCAAUGACCCUCGUCCUGAAACCAGCCGGACACCAAGACCUGAUAUUCGCCGUUGCCGGACUUUUCCUCUUCGUCUCCCUUCUCGUCAUUCGCGUCCUUCCACGCACGACAGUGGUGGAAGAAGCACGAAUCGUGACCAGGCGCGCUUCAGACUUAUCCAGGAUGUCCAUGGAUCACAUGAAACGAACCCUCUUACAGAGGAUAUUACGCAAGAAGUGCAAGACCGGAAGCGUGGAGAUCUCCAAGUCAUCCAGCUGGAAGAGUGGGAGGAGUGGUGGCAGCAAAACUCCUGGAAGUUUUAAAUUGUCUCGUCGAUUUCAAACCGAACGAAUGCAGGAAUGAUGCGACCGGAAACUUAGUAUGAAAUGACUGGGCAUGAUGUCCUCUUUGCGACAUCACAAAGUCGCUUCUUGAGAUCGUAUCUUCUAUAAUUAUACUUUUAAAUGCUCUUUUGCACUCAGUGCGAAGUACAGCGCAAGCUUUCUUAUGUUCUAGCAUCCUAUCUGUUUCAUCUUCAGACUUUUUUUUGUGUGUGUGUUUCAUGCCCGUUCAUUUUUUGCUUUGCAAAUAUGAUUGUUAUGAUUUUCAUAAAAAUUGGA